AUGAGAAGAAGAAGAAGAAGAACUUCUUGGGAAAGAUCGUCAUCUUUGAUCGUAUCAUCGGCGAAACCGAGAGCUUUGAUUUCGGUUUCCGAUAAAACGAACUUGGACAAGUUAGCUUCCGGUUUAGUCGCUCUCGGUUUUGAAGUCAUCUCCACCGGUGGCUCCGCCAAGUUUAUUCAAGACAAGAACAUUCCGGUGACUUCGGUGGACUCGGUGACUUCGUUUCCGGAGAUGUUGGACGGAAGAGUGAAAACGUUGCACCCGGGGAUUCACGGCGGAAUUUUAGCGAGAAGAGAGAAUGAAACGCACAUGAAGCAGAUUUCAGAACACAACAUCGAUUUAAUCGACGUCGUCGUCGUGAACUUGUAUCCGUUUCGAGAGACGGUUUUAGGCGGGAAGGCGUUUGAGGAGUGCGUGGAGAACAUCGACAUCGGUGGACCGGCUAUGAUCCGAGCAGCGGCAAAGAACCAUCCGCACGUGAGCGUUGUCGUCGAUCCGAACGAUUACGAUGAGUUGUUGGAGAACUUGAAGAAGGAUGGUUCCAAUUUGGAUUUCAAAAAGUUGCUCGCGUGGAAGGCGUUCCAACACUGCGCUUCCUACGACGCCUCGGUGGCGGAGUAUUUGUGGCAAGAAGAUUCCAUCGGCCACGGCAAACCUGCUCCAGAGAAGACGGUUUCUAUGACUUUGUUGAACGAGUUGAGAUAUGGGGAAAAUCCGCACCAACCGGCGGCGGUGUAUUCGGACAGCACGUUGGCCGAGUCAUCGGGUACCGGCGUCGCUCGAUCCAUCGUGCACCACGGUAAAGAGAUGUCGUACAACAACUACUUGGAUGCGGAAGCGGCGUAUUCAUGCGCUUGCGAUUACCCGUCCUCGGACAGAACGUGCGUCAUCGUCAAGCACACGAAUCCGUGUGGUAUUGCCUCGGAAUCUGCCACCGGCGGUGACUUGUUGGAGGCGUACCGAUUAGCCGUUCGAGCCGAUCCAAUCUCCGCUUUUGGCGGCAUCGUCGCUUUCAAUUGCACGGUGGACGAAGAAAUGGCCCGAGAAAUUCGCGAAUUUCGCUCACCGACCGAUGAUGAAACGAGAAUGUUUUACGAAAUUGUCAUCGCUCCGUCGUACACGGAAAAAGGCUUGGAAGUUUUGAAAGGAAAAUCGAAAGCGUUGAGAAUUUUAGAGACGAAACCGAGAGCGGCGGACGCGCCGAUGGGUUUGCGCCAAGUCGGCGGUGGAUGGUUGAGCCAAGAACCAGACUCGUUAGUCCCGGAAGACAUUGAAUUCACAUCUGUCUCUGCGACCAAGCCGACUGAAGACCAAUUAGAAGCCUUGCGAUUCGCGUGGAGAGCUGUGAAACACGUCAAAUCCAACGCCAUCACCGUCGCCAAGAAGGGCAAAUUGUUAGGCAUGGGUUCUGGUCAACCGAACAGAGUAAACUCCGUCCGCAUCGCGUUAGAAAAAGCUGGAGACGACGUCGAAGGUUCCGUCUUAGCUUCCGACGCGUUCUUUCCGUUUGCUUGGGGUGAUUCCGUCGAGAAAGCGUGCCAAGCCGGCGUCAAAGCCAUCGCUCAUCCGGGCGGAUCUAUGAGAGACCAAGACGCCAUCGAUUGUUGCGACAAGUAUGGCGUCGCCUUGGUCACCACCGGUGUCAGACACUUUAGACAUUAA